UACAGCCUCAGUCUUCAUUAAAGCAUGGGAAGAGCGAAACAUAUGUCAUCACAAACUCCUCUGCGCCUGUAAUGGACGUAUCGUUUCUGCGAGACCCGUAGAGUCAAUUCGAGCAAUCUGCUUGAUGUAACGGUGUACAGUUUGUCUGAAUGUGCUUCCCCUGUGCGCUCGCCUUCCUGCGGAUAAGCGAUUAAUCUAAAGGUAACAUCGCGAGCGUAGCCAGUGACUGCCAUGCGUCUCACGUUUAAAACGUUACUCACCGGAUUGUGCUUGUUCAGCUUCGUUUAUGCUACAAUACUCUUCAGCCUUUUCCACCGGCACCACACAAGUACGACAGUGGACAAAAAGGUGGGCAAACAAACUUUUCACGGCGCCCUCAGUGCAAACAGGAAAGAGGAUUUUCGCAGGAUAGCUGUCAACGACGCAUCAGAAAUAUCAGCAGACCUUUCCGCUGCAAGCACGAAUGCCAUAGUUCAUGAUGCGUAUCAGGAUGUAACCGAAUGCUUUUCGGAAGGAACUAUCUCAGGAACGAGAAGCUCGACAUGCGUCUGCAAAAAGGGCUGGAAUGGGCUGGACUGCUCCAUUCCCGACGCCGUUUGGUUUACCGAAGCCUUCGAAAUUUGGUAUUCCAUGGGCAAUAUUCGACGCCGUUCGAGGCCGCGCACUAUAAUCAGCGGAAUGGUAUUCAACCACGAGUUAGACCUUCUGGAAAUCCGCGUAAAAGAGCUGGGCGAUGCUGUCGACUACUAUCUCGUUGUCGAAUCAACUUACGCCUUUUCCGGCGUGGAAAAGCCACUCCACCUCCGCUCGAACUUGAGUGCCGGAUUUCUGCGUGAGCAUGCGCACAAGAUUGUCCCGAUAUCGGUGGACUUCUACAACUACGACGAUGGCAAUCCGUGGGGCCCCGAAAACUACCUCCGUACAUCCGUUUGGUACGAAGGUCACCGUCGUCUCAAGAACAUCAGCGAUGACGACCUUUUCAUCAUGUCUGAUGCUGACGAGAUACCUAGCCGAGACGUGGUGCUCUUCCUGAAACAUCAUGACGGAUACGGUGAACCGAUAUUAUUGAGCCUGCGAUGGUUUAUGUACGGCUUCUUUUGGGAGAACAGUGUGCCGGUGAAUGUCAGUGGUGUGUGCACUGUAGCCUUUAUGCGAGAAGUCUACGGAAACGACUCGCUGCGUCUCCGUUUGGAGACACCCUUUACAACCACUUACGUGAAUAACAUGUGGAACACGGGGACGUUCAGUGAAAUGUGGAUCAUACAGGGCACAUCACCACGAUACGCAGGGUGGCAUUGUUCAUGGUGUUUUGAAGCGGAAGGCAUACAGGUUGUCAUCCCGAACGAAACAUCAGCUUGCACCGUCUUGGAUGUCAUGGACAGUUACUGCGGGUGGGAUCGGUUCCUGCACAGCGUCUUUAUGAAAAGAUCUAGUAGCUUCAUCGGCCUGUCCUUUGCGUACUACGCCAUAGUGGUCUGGGAGCCCCUGAUGAGUGAAGUCGUGUGCUUACUGGACAAGGCGAACAAGGAACUCUUGUAUUGA